UCUUCUGUGGUUGAAAUUUUUGCUCUCUGGUUGGGUUUUGGGUUAGAAUAUUCAAUAUUGGUAAAUAUUGUUAUACUCUGUUAUCUGUGAUAUUGUUGGACUUGAGUACAAGUUAAAUACCAUAAUGCAGCAAAGAGAAGAAAAACAAUUAGAAUUUGCAUUAGAAAAUAUUGUCCAACGUGUCAAUGACUUGAAAGCAUCCAUAGCAUCGAUGAUUAUGAAGAUUGAAACCGAAUAUGAAACUCUGAAUUGGCCUAACUUCUUGGACAAUUAUGCUCUCAUUUCGGGGCAACUUACAGCGUUGACCAAGGUAUUGAGUCACGACAAAUGCCCUCUUCUGCGAAAUCUAACACUUCUUCCUCUUUUGUUGUCUCCUGAGCGAGAUGAGCAAUUGGUACAACUAACAGAGGGAAGAGUUACUACCUUCGCUCAUGAUCUGGUACCUGAUUAUUUAAGAACUAAAUUGGAACCCAUGGCUGAAAGUAAAAUGCUGCAAGUAGAACAUAAAGCUGCUAAUUUAACUUAUGAGAAUGCCCAGAAACAGAUCGCUGCUUAUCAAAAAGUUGUACUACAUGUUUGGGAUAUAGUUAAUAAGGCUAGAGAAGAAUGGGAAGUAGAAUCUUCAUCUAGAGGAAAUACUCAACAAAACUCCAGUGUAACUGAUACCCAUCUUCUUGUUGCUGCUGUUGGUAUGGGUAAAGGAUUGAAGAUGGGUCCAAAUCCCAACGGAGGUAAUCCUACAUCUGGCGGCAUGAUGGUUUCAUCCCAAGGCAGGUCAAAUGUAUCUGGAUCAAUUCCUAUUCCUCCAAACACACAAUCGAUGCCUAUGAAUAAAGCACCUUCAACUAUCAAAACGAACAUUAAAAGUGCUGCUCAAAUACAUCCUUAUGGGCGAUAGUGGCUUGUGAUUGAAUAUAUUUUUUAGUUAUAAGUUUAUAUAUAUUUAUUAUUGGUAAAUAAUGUGUUAAGUAUUUUAUUGAAUAAAAUAAUUUUUUAAGA